CGGAGUUUGCAGCGAAAGGCGGGGAUUGAUUCUGAGGCCGCAGAGAUGCUGGGGAUCGAAAAACUGCCCAUCGAGGAGACCCUGGAAGAUAGCCCGCAGACACGCUCACUGCUGGGAGUAUUUGAAGAAGAUGCUGCUGCCAUCUCAAAUUAUACCAACCAACUUUACAACGCCAUGAAGAGGAUUUAUGAUGCACAGAAUGAAUUAAGCACAGCAACACGUUUGACCUCCAAGCUGCUCAAGGAAUAUGAGAAACAGCGUUUUCCCCUAGGUGGUGAUGAUGAGGUCAUGACCUCCACACUACAGCAAUUUGCUCAAGUAAUAGAUGAACUCAGCUCCUGCCAUGCUGUCCUUUCAACGCAAUUAGCUGAUGCCAUGAUGUUUCCCAUUACACAGUUUAAGGAGAAGGAUUUAAAAGAAAUGCUAACCCUAAAUGAAGUAUUUGCUAUAGCAAGUAAUGAUCAUGAUAUGGCUAUUAACAAAUAUAGUAGACUAUCCAAGCGGAAGGAAAAUGAUAAGAUGAAGCUAGAGGCAACUGAAGAUCUGUACACAUCUAGAAAGAAGCAGCACCAGACCAUGAUGCACUAUUUUUGUGCACUGAACACAUUACAGUACAAGAAAAAGAUUGCACUGCUAGAACCUCUCCUGGGAUAUAUGCAAGCGCAGAUAAACUUCUUCAGAAUGGGUUCUGAACACAUGGCUCAACAGUUGGAGGAAUUUCUGACAAAUAUUGGUGCCAGUGUGCAGGGUGUCCGUCGGGAAAUGGAAACUGAACUGGAAACCAUGCAUCAGACCAUUCAGGAUCUGGAAGUAGCCAGCGACUCAUUGUAUGUACCUGAUCCGGAUACCAAACUAUUCAACAUCAAUAGAAACCUAACCAGAAAAACUGGCUAUAUGAAUACAAGAAAUAAAACUAGAUUAGUGUCAUCCACCUGGGAAAGGUAUUACUACUUUACCCAGGGUGGAAACCUGAUGCGUCAAGCUCGAGGGGAUGUUGCAGGAGGUCUUGUCAUGGACUUGGACAACUGCACUGUUAUGGCUGUGGAUUGUGAGGACCGAAGAUACUGCUUUCAAAUCACUGCCUUUGAUGGGAAAAAAACAGUUCUUUUACAAGCAGAGAGUAAAAAAGAGUGUGAAGAGUGGAUUGCAACAAUCAAUAAUAUUUCCAAACGUAUCUAUCUCAGCGAAAAUCCAGAAGAAUUGGCUGCUCGUGUAAACCAGUCUGCUCUGGAGGCUGUUACACCUUCCCCUUCGUUUCAACAGAGACAUGAAAUCUCAAGGUCUACAGUCCACGGCAGACCUCAUCCCUCUCGAGCAAACAGUUCCAGCUCCGUUGGAUCAGAAUCUGCUUCUCUUUCUGCAGUGUCAUUAGACUCAAUAGUUGCUCCAGACACACCCAUUCAGUUUGACAUAAUUUCUUCUGUCAGUGAGGACUUGUCUAACCAAGCAAAGAUUUCAGGACCAGGCACCAGAACAAAUCCAUUUGGAGAAUCUGGGGAACCAAAAACAGAGGAACCUGAAGAAUCUAUACUUCAUCAGUUGUUUAUUGUGAGAUUCCUUGGAUCAAUGGAAGUAAAAGCAAAUGAAACCUCAGAUGUUAUUUGUGAUACAAUGCGUCAAAUCCUUGCUGCCCGUGCUAUACACAAUAUUUUUCGGAUGACCGAGUCACAUUUACUAGUAACCAGUGACUGUUUGAAGUUGAUUGAUCCUCAGACUCAAGUCAUUCGCUUAAGGUUUCCUUUGCAAAAUGUGGUUCUUUGCGCAACUCACAAAGAGAACAAACGUCUUUUUGGAUUUGUGCUGCAUACCGGAGGAAGCAGAGCAGAAGGGCGACCGAUCUCAGUCUGCUAUGUGUUUGAAUCAAACAAUGAGGGAGAGAAGAUCUGUGAUUCUGUUGGACUGGGCAAACAGAUUGCUUUUCAUUCAGAAAUGGAUCGGCAAACCACAGACAAACAGAGAGAAUUUGACCGAGAAAAGGAAAAGCAACUCAUGGAACUUAAUAAACAAAAACAAAUUGAAAAGGAUUUGGAGGAACAAAGUCGCCUAAUAGCUGCUUCUAUUCGACCAAACCAGAUAAGUGGUGAGAGUCAAUUUGUGCCAUUGGAAAAUAGUACGCAGACAGAAAGCAGUGACGCAGGAGAUGAUGGAAAGAAAAAGGAAUUGGAUACCUGAAGUGUUGACAAUGAAGAUGAAGAAAAUGUUGCUUAGGUUCCAUUUGUAUUUGGACAACAACGGUGAAGAGCACUAAAUAAAGACCAAGAUUCUGCAGUCAGUGGUAAUAUGACAGCACUUGCCUCUGACCUUGAAGAAUUGUUGCCCUCAAAGAUUUGUGAUAUGGAUUUCCUCCUUUCUUGACAUUAGUUUGAAGCUGGUGCCAAGUCAUGAGGAUCUCCAAGCACCAACAACAAUGAUGUCAUCAAGUAGGGUAAGCUCAUCAUAUUCAAUUAUUCUCACAGAAAGCAAACCAGGAAGUAAAAUAUACUAAUUGCUCUUUGUUUUAAAUAUGUUUUACAAAGAGUGAAAAAAAUGAUUGGGAUGUAUGCAUUAGAAGCUAAAGUAUCACAAACAUGUUUUUAAAAAUGUAUCACAAACUUAGAUUUUUAAAUCAAAAUCAGCCAUUGUUAUGACUUAUUAUGUGUUUAAGAAUCUAGUUACACCUCAUCAAGGUAUAACAUUUUAUUAAACAGUGGUAUUUCAGAAUAAAAGAGAAGUUCUUUUCAGUGCAAUGAUUUCUAAUUGAUUGCAGCCUGCCAAGACUUUGACAAUGCACCCAAUGGAGGAGGGUAGAAUUGGACAGUAACUUCUGGAUUUUUCCUGCUUAAUUGAGCAUGUUUGAAUGCUGUCAAUUUCAGAGGAGUAUUGAUGGCAAAUACUGACUGCUUUGCCAUCAUUUCUGACACAAAGUCCUGGCCACAAUCACAGUGAAAUAAUGAUAUAAAUCCUUGGGGACCACUAAGAGAAUUAAUCUAAAAAUUAAUUUGUAAAAUAAUGUUCUAGGCAGCUCGACCUAAGUGUGAUGAAAUUUUCAAAACCUUCCAAUCUUCAGUUGCCUACCAUAACCCAAGAUAAUGUGUAAUAAGGAGCCAAAAUAGAAAUAAGCACUGUAACAUCUGGUUCUGAACUGCUUACUAAUUAUUCUGCAUAUCUUUGCAUUUUUAUUUGAAAGUAAGGUCUAUGGAUUCUAUAUUUUAUACAUUUUAUCCUUAUACUGUGUAUAUGUAUAAAUGUGUGUAGCAAGAGUUAACAUAUCUUAAGCUUGUUCAUGAUUUUUAAUUGGUUAAAAAAUAUCUCCUUUAUCUUUCAUAAAAUCAUAACUUACCAAUUUACAGUUACUGCUUUUGAUAAGCAAAUUGAAUGGAAGAUUCUUUUUGCCUUUACCGGUACUUGCUUAAGAGUUGAAUAAUACAUUGUGCUCUACUUAAGAAGUGAAUCAUAUUUUAAAAUAUAUACAGUUGUUUUUUAUGCUCAUGAAUGUUAAUGAAACCCCUCAUAUCCGAUUUACAAUACAAUGCAAUACUUUAUUCGGAACACAGUUAUGAGCUUCACACUCUGUUGCACCACUUGAGAUUGAACAGGCUAAUGGGUAACCGUGUAAACUGUAGAUUUAUUGAAAUGGAUUUAGGUAAGGUUAUAACUAAUACAAGAAUCAAUUUUAAAAAAAGAAUUUCAGUUUUGUGAAGUCAAAGUUGAAUGCAAUUUGUUCUGAGGCCUUUUAAAUGACUUUUGCUCAAACUGAACUAAGACACCUGUAAGGUACUACUAAAUUGAUUUAACUAUUGCACAGUUUGACAAUUAUUUUGUUUAGUUUAGUGAGGGCAAUUUUUAGGUAGAUAGGCAAUACCAUAGUUUUAUAUGUACUUUUAGAAAAAAUUACGGGGGUGGGUUGUUUUAGGAACACUGACAAGUAGUGUAUUUCUUUGGCUAUUGCACAUUAUUCUUAUUACCUUUAUGGAUAUAUUUCACAACUGAAAUAAUUAUCAGUAUGAGAAUUUUUAAGUAAGUUGGUUAAGCUGUACGGUAAAACUCCUUCUGUAUUCACAAAAUGUUGCACAAUUCUAUAAAGUGUCCAUCACUGCUUCAGGUAAACACUUUGUACAGACUUUUAAAGCACAUAUUACACAUUAAUAUGACCUUUUUAGUUGACUCUUGCAUUUUUUAAUAUAACUAUUCAUGAAGUAAUAUGGUUAUAUUUCAGGUUGUUUGCAACAUUUUCAUGCUACCAAAUGCAUAUCCCUUACUGUCAGAAUGUUUUAUUUCGUCAUUUCCAAAUGAAUUAUAUAUAAAUGUAAAAUAACUCUUCUCAUUGAAUGACAUACUGGGGUUGUGAUUGUGAUUUUCCUAUUCUUCAUUUACUUAAAUGUGGAGAGUUAGCUUAAGGUUAUACUUAUUUUAUCAAUUUGCGCCAAAGAAGCAGAAUUACUUCAUUUACAAUAUAUAGAUAUAGGCCAGCUAUUCAUCUUGAAGGGGACAACUCGCACUGUAAGCACAAACUACUUGCACUUUGAGCAUUAGAGCACAUAGAAAGUAAAAUGACCUAGAAACUGUAACAUUACCCAGUAAAAUAAUCUGUAAAACCUACAAAUUGUCAAAAUGACCUAUUUUCAAAUUGAUUUGCUUUGGCUUGGCAAAUUAAAGUCACGUAAUUAGGAGGCUAUGUCCACAAGGGCUGCAAAUUCUGAACUUAAAUAUUUGGCUAAACACUGAAAGAAAUCAAAUGCAUUAAAACCAGGCCUAUGGAUUAUUCUAAACUUCUGAUUCUAGUACAUGUGAUAAUAAAGCUAAUUCAAUUCAAUAGUUUAUAUUAGCAAAUGGCCCAGGAAGAAGUAUCACAAGUUCAAGACUUCCAAUAAUGUGUAUUUAUUUAUGCAAUAGUGUUUUCUAAAGGUCCAUAUUUUGUACUACUAAUUCUUCACAUGGCAAAAUUUGAUAGUAUACCUGAGUGGAGUUUUGUGUGACUUCUUCUUUUAAGAGUAGCUGCCAUUUAUUGUUGGGGAUUUGGAAAAUGACUUUGCAAACCAAGGUCUUUCUUCCAGUAGCAUAUUAAUUUUAUCCAAUAAGUGGCUGAAUCAAACAGACUAUAAAGGCUCAGCUGCUAAUUGAUGUUUGCUGAAUUAGCUGAUUUCACAGAGCCAACAGCAAAAUUAUUUGCAAGCAAACUCAUAUUUUAGGUAGAAAAGAGGAAGUUAGUAUAUCUGCUUUGAUUUCUGAUCAGCAAGGCCUGCUGGAAAGUAUGUUUGGAUAGCUGGUGAUGGCAGGAUUUGUGAGAUUAGUUUGUUCACACUGAAAUAUGAUUAUUGGUAAUUUACUAAUGUUGAGCCCAAAUGACACAGGAGAGCCUGUGAGAUCUUAAAUCCUGUUUGUUGUUUUAUUUCCAUUUUUUAUUUGCAGCCCAAAGUCCUGUGUUUAAUCUAUUUGGUUUCACACACAAAACCCAGAACCCCAGUUACCCUUUAUGACCUAUUCUACUAGUGCAUCCAGCAUUUAAAAUAUCGACGUAGCCGUGGCGCUAAAUGUCUUUCCCUACUCUGCUGUCAGUUUUUUUUAAUUAGAAUAUACUUUCACUACCAUUAUUCCCAAAAUGUACAAUAUCCAAUUUCUCAGCAUCAAGUUAUACCUGCCACCCGUUUGCGUUCUUCACUAACUUGUGUGUGUCACCAUGCAGUCUGUCACAUGCAUCCUUACAGUGUCAGCAGAUAUUUGAUAUCAUUACAUUUGUGCCUAUGCCAAAAUGAUUUAUGGAAUUAGCAAAUAAAAGGAUGUCAAACAAUA